AUGAUGAGCAGGAGGCUGCCCCGUCCGAGCACGAGUCUCAGCAUCCUGGCUGGUCUACUGAUAACAUGUGCGCUAGUGAGCAGCGACGACGAGAGAAUGCAGUCUGGCUUCAAGGUGGAGCUGAGUUUCCCGCCUCCGAACUUCGUCUUCGAGCAUCCUGAUGACGUGCAGCUCGCAUUCUCGUUGGCAGAUGAAUCAGCACAGGGCGAUAUCGACAUUGAGAUUGACUGGGACCGGCACAUUCACCUUCCUAUCAGCUCAGACCUGACGCCAAGGAUACCCGGGCUGGAGGAAGGGCCGCACGUGCUCAAGGUGUCGACCAACGUCAACGGAGUCUUUCAAGGCCCAGUCGCUGAGCUCAACUUCUUCGUGCGAAUCAACGAGGACGGGGCGGUUUUCGAUGGGGAGGAGGUGGGAGGAGAGCGAUGGAACGAUUGGCUGCGGUCGUUCAUGUCCGUCCUUGUGCAGCAUCCUCCCCCGGACUUCACCUUCGGCAGGAACAUGCCGAGAUUUGUGGAGGCAAGAAUCACGGAUAGGGAGAUGCAGCUGGAUCUGGAAGAGGCGAUGGACCUGAUGUACUCCCGGAACACAAUCUUUCAAAGACGACCGUACUCGCUGGUAGUUGAGGUUGACUCAGUUGUGCUCGGGGACUACCGAAGAUCGAAGAAGAUUGCGAUUCCUCUGGAUCUUGAUGAGGGGAGACACACGCUAGUAGUUCAUCUCAAGGACGUUCAAGGAAACGUUUUACAAACAACGUCUCAAAUAUUCUUUGUUAACAACUCAUUCGACCCGGCAGCUCCACAGGGUCAGAGCGCCUGCUCGCGGCCGAAGGUUGGGUUGAAAUGUUUUGAGAAGUCUCAAAGCUGCUCGGAGGAGGAGAAUCAGACAUGCUCAGGUCAUGGGAGGUACCUUCCUCCUACAGACCCUUCGAGCCACCCGUGCAAGGCCGCAAGCUCCUUCUCUGUCGGUGCGGCUGCUCUAUCCCGUCAGAUCGCGCGAGUGCAGUUUCCCUCAGCAUGCGGUGAAGCCUUUCGGCUGCGCGUUCCCUUGCAGGGGAUCGGGAUCAUGAUACAGUUCCUCGUGGCUGGUGUCACAGAAGCGUUGAUGUCCAGGCGGACCCUAGUGCUUCACCAGGAGGACUGGCCAUGGAUGAAGCAUGCAGACUGCGGGCAAGCUAGCCUCGAGUGCUACUUCCUCCCACUGACCAACUGCAGCUCGUUCAAGAGCAUAGAGGAGAUACACGCAAAGCAGCUGACGCGCGGGCACAUCAAGCGAGCUGGGCUCUCCAUGGAGGAGACGGGAAACCUCAACACUAACAUCGGCAUUCUCGUCCCCAGCGAGCUGCUCCCUCCUCACCAGGGAAGCUUCUGGUAUCGCUCGCAUGUCCUCCUCCACCUGCUGCAGCUCUGGCCGAGCAGGCAGGCCGAGCUCCGCAUGCUCAAGAACAGGAUCGGGUUCGGGGCUAAGGGGAGGGUGAUAGGGGUUCACAUAAGGCGAGGAGACGCUUGCGAAGCCUCUGUGGGGUAUCGAACUCCCUGCCAACCAUCCUCCCGCUUCGUGGAGAGCAUACAGACGAUGAUCGACAAGUUCGGAGCGACGCAGGUGUUCAUCGCAAGUGACGACGAGGAGGCUAUCAAGGAGAUUUCCUCGAAGCUCGACGUGGAUGUCAUCCGCAGCGAGCUGGAUGUUUCCAUGCUCUCUUCGAACUGGUACGUGGAGGACAGAAUCAGGCACGGCCUGCUCGACGCGGGGGCAGCGGGGGAGACGGCCAUCCUUGAUCUCUUCCUGCUCUCCUCCUGCGAUUACUUCAUCGGGACUUUCAGCAGCCAUUUCGGGGCCCUCGCGUUUGAGCUGAUGGCGGCCAGCAAAGGUUUCCUUCCCCCUUAUAUCUCCCUCGACCUCGCCUGGGCUGCCAGGCACUGA